UUUGUUAUUUUUUUAUCCAUGAAGAAUCUGCGCAUCCGAGUGAAUGCCAUCCAUGCAUCGUUCACGUGGAGGUGGAAGAUGGCAGAGGGCAUUUGCGGAAUAUGCCAGCAGGCAUUUGAACAGAUGUGCUCAGAGUGUGAGCAUCCAAUCGAGUGCGUGCCUGCGCUGGGCGAGUGCAACCACUGCUACCACAGACACUGCAUAAAGAAUUGGAUUGCCACAAAUAACCUGUGUCCAAUAUGCAGGGCUCGGUGGAAGGAGAAAGAAGAAAUAAGUUAAUAAAUUUGUAUGAAGCA